AGACAAGUGGGUUGACAACAACUUUGAAAUAUCAAGAAACUCGAUCAAAGCCUUCGCUUCUCGACAUUUUGACAAGUUAGCAUCAAUUGUACUUGCUUACAAGAUUUGAAAUGAGUUUGACGUUCAAGACACCCGAUUACGGCAAGAGUCGGGGUGCAAAAGGGAAGAGAAGGGAGCUCGGAGAAGAACAAAAGCAAGAAAUCAAAGAGGCAUUCAACCUGUUUGAUACCGAUAAAGAUCAAGCCAUCGAUUACCACGAACUGAAAGUUGCUAUGAGAGCACUAGGGUUUGAGGUCAAAAAAGCUGAUGUCUUGAAGAUAAUGAAAGAUUAUGAUAGAGAAUCAACAGGAAAAAUAUCAUUUGAUGAUUUCAAUGAAGUCAUGACAGACUGGAUGCUAGACAGAGAUCCUCAGGAAGAAAUAUUCAAAGCUUUUCGGUUAUUUGACGAUGAUGACAGUGGAAAAAUUAGUAUAAGAAAUUUAAGACGAGUUGCAAGAGAACUUGGAGAAAACAUGACUGACGAGGAGCUAAGAGCCAUGAUUGAUGAAUUUGAUAAAGAUGGUGAUGGCGAAAUAAAUGAAGAAGAAUUCCUUGCUAUCAUGACAGGAGAUACUUGAUAUAGAGUAGUAUAUAUUUUGUACACUUGUAUAUUAGUCCCUCUUCGACCUAGUAYAUAGUUAAUUUUUCUUUAUAACACAUUAUGUCAGUCAUAUAUCUUAGAUGUUAUUUUGAUCCUCAAAUUUGUCAUACUGGUUCAAACUUUUUCUACUUUCUAUUUCAAAAGAUGUAGUUUAUCAGGCUAAUUUUUUACACAUGGCAGUACUUAAUUUAGUUUAUAUGGGUACAGAAGAUAUAGUGACAGAGAACAGUAGAUUUUCUAUGAUAUUGAUGCCUAACCAUUCAGACUACAAAACAGCUUGAGAUUUUGAAAGUUCUUGACCUGGAUUUUCUCAAACAAUUUUGUUCUUACCAGAGCAACUUGUAAUGUUUAUUUGAAAAUUUAUAUUUGAGUUGAUAGGUUUUCUGAGACAAUUUCAGAUUUUCAACAUCUUCUAAAAUAUUUAGAUUCAGAACUCAUUACGCUCAAUAGUAUUAUUUAUAACACUGUUUUGUUUGUAUUUUAUUGUUGUAUAUAAUGUCCUUUGGAUCAAAAUAUUUGCAUAMCUAAUAUUUUGGGCUAUAUAUAUUUUUUGAAUAUCAGCUUCAAUUAUUUCAAUUACUAUUAAAAGACACAUUUUUAACAUU